AUGCUACGAAUCGGAACCCUAGCGCCCGCCAGGGGCCUAAGGCAUCGCCAUUUCUCCGUUGAACCGACGGCCAUCAUCAACAUCCUCACCCAGUCCGUCGAGCACAUCCACACCAUAUCUGGACUUCCCUGGUGGGCAGUGAUUCCAUUGACAACUUUCACCCUUCGAGGUCUCUGGACGCUUCCUUUGGCGGUGAUGCAGCGACUCAGGGUCCAGAAACAGAACGCCUUGAGACCUAUAGUGGCUGCAACAGGACCCAUCUUGCGUAUGAAGCUAGCUAGAAAAGCCCAGAAGGCCGCCAAAGCCGUCGACAAAUCCCCCAUAAUGACUAACCCAGCUAAGCAAAUGAAAUAUGACGAGAUCAUGGUUCUUCUGGCGAAAGAAACCAGAAAGAGACAGAAGAAGCUCUUCAAGGACCAUGGUGUGCAGUUGUACAAGAACUUCUUCUUGCCUGCUGCCCAGAUCCCCUUGUGGGUUUGCAUGUCGAUGACGUUUCGAAAUCUAAGCGGCUGGUCUACUUGGGACUCGUUGGCUAACAAACCUCUCGAUCCACUUUUAUACGAAGAAGGAGCAUUGUGGUUCACAGACCUCACUUCUCUCGAUCCUUUGCAUAUUUUCCCUAUAGCCAUUGGAAUUGUGGCGAUUCUGAACGUCGAAUGGACUUUGAAGACGUUUCUGUUGAUGAAGGCGCCAGGCAGAAAGAGAGCAUUCCGUCCUACGAUAUUCGACUCUUUGGGUAACUUGUCACGGAUGGGUGUGGUCUUUUUGAUGGCCAUUUCUUUGCAUGCACCCACGGCAUUGACGCUUUAUUGGCUCAGUUCUCAAGUAUUUUCGUUGGUGCAAAAUGUGGUGUUGGAUCUUGUAUUUCCAUUGAACUACACCCCUCAUAGACGUAUGGACUACAAGAAGCUGAAGCUGGCUACGGCCCAGCCUGUCAUUCGGGAGUAG